UAAGUGAAUUCGUUGAUGUAAUAUCAAUAAUACAGCAUGGCUGAAACGAUUAGACAUAGAGAUUCAGUAUUUAAUGAUGGUCAAAGUCUCUGGUGUUAUAAUUUAUAGAAUCAUUUUAAGUAAAAAAACUAAAGAACAUUUUUUGUAAAAACAUUAAAUAAAUCAAAAACAAAAGACUUAUAAUUAGGAGAUUCCCAUAUUUAAUAUUCUAAACAUGUAUAAAUAUAAAUAAAUAAUAGAAAUACAUUAGUCUGGUGAAUUCCUUUUUGAAAAUAUUAUUUAAACAAAAUGAGAUUGUAGGAUUUAUAUUAGAAAAGAAUGAUAAUGUAGUUGAAAUAUAUGGAGAUACUCGGGAGUGGAUUGAUUCCUUUAAACAUUUAACUAUAUAAUUAGAUUUUACAUCAAAUUAUAAAAUUGUUAAGAAAAUAGGAUAAGGAAUAGCAGCUUAAGUGUAUUAAGCUACUAAUAAAAUUAAUAAACUAAAUUUUGCAGCCAAAAUAUUCGAAAAAAAGAGAAUAGUAUUAGAAGAAACAGAAAUAAUUGCAAUAAAUAAAGAAUUGUAAUAUUUAAGAUUAUUAUAACAUCCAAAUAUUAUUAAACUUUAUGAAGUAUUCGAAAAUAAAUAACAUAUUAUAUUCAUAACAGAUUUAUUUGAAGGAGGGGAACUCCAUCAUUCUCUAAGUAGAUAUGGUUUAGAAGAGAAUCAAGUAGCAGAAGUGAUUAAACCAAUCAUUACUGCAAUUAGUUUCAUGCAUUCUAAAGGGAUAUUUCAUAGAGAUUUAAAACCAUAAAAUAUUAUGUUAAAAGAAAUAGAUGCAUUUGAUACUAUAUCUUUGAUUGAUUUAGGAUUAGCAGAUAAAUUUACUAAAGAAGGAAAAUAUUUGUACAAUCGAUGUGGAACACCUGGAUAUGUUGCACCUGAAGUUUUAUAAGAUAAAAAAUAUGAUCUUAAAGUAGAUGUUUAUAGUAUUGGAAUUAUAACAUAUCUUGCUUUAACAGGAAAGGAACCUUUUGCUUCUAAUAAUUAUGAUGAAUUAGUAUAAAAAAAUUAUGAUGGCAGAAUUAGUUUAAUUAAUUUAAGUGUUUCAGAAAAUUGUAUUGAUUUUUUAAAAAGAACUCUCUGUAAAGAUAAUAAAUUGAGAUUAAGUUCUGCAGAUGCAUUAGAACAUCCAUUUAUUACUUUUGGUAAAGGAAAUCAUAUAUUUUAAACAAAUAAAGGGGCAACUACAUAAAGAAUGAGUAUGACUUCUUUAAGAUGUAGUACAGAUGCCUCAUCUGAAAAUGGUUCGAUACCCAAAACUUUUAGAGGUAAAGUUCAAUAAUAUAUGAAUACAAUUUAAACUCUCAAAUCUGAUAUCAAUCAAGAAGUUAAAAAAGAAAAAGAAGAGAAUCUGAAAAAAAGGAAGGAAUUCUGUAUUAGAAAAUCUUAAUUACUCAAAAUCAAAUAAAUUUACAAUAAGCCUGAUUUUGAAUGA